CUAAUCAUCCUGAAAUUCAAGCUAAAGCUCACCAAGAGCUUGAUCAAGUUAUUGGACAGUCUCGUCUACCAAAAGUUUCUGAUGAACCAAAUAUUUCUUAUAUACGUGCUAUAAUUAAAGAAGGUCAAAGAUAUUGUGCUCCUGUUUAUAUUGCAGAGCCUCAUUAUAUUGAAGAGGAUGAUGAAUAUAACGGGUAUCAUAUUCCAGCAAAUAGUGCUGUGGUUAUAAAUCCAUACGGAAUUCAUAUGGAUGAAAAAAGAUAUGAGAAUCCUAAAGAAUUUAAACCUGAAAGAUUUUUAGAAUUUACAGAAAGUAGUGCAGCUUCAGCAAAGGGAAAUUAUAAAAAUAGAGACCAUUUCAGUUUUGGAGCCGGAAGAAGGCUUUGUACUGGAAUUUAUAUGGCUGAACAAGAACUUGAUCAAGCUCUUG